AUGCUGGACUCUAAGAAAUUUUCAUCAGAAAAACAAUUAAACAUGUCUGAAACUUGGUAUUGGGCAAAUUGCGAUAUUCAUUUGAAUAAUAAUCAUAAUGGUAAUAAUGUCAGUAGUACAUUAACUCCACAAUGGAAUUCCAAUCUACCCGCAUAUAUAGAUCAGACAACAUUGAAUAAUUCAUCUAUUAAUAUCAUUAAUCCAACUACUCUGUCAACUAUAAACAAUAAUGUAUUGAAUACUACUACUACCACUACUACUAAUACAAAUACAAAUCUGUACAAACCCGCAUAUUCAACUAAAUUGUAUCAUACAUAUCAGGGUGAUCUUGAACAGAAUAAAUGUUUAAAUGAUUUCCCCAAUACAAAUCAAAUACAUUUACCAUCAAUUGAAUCUGUUAGAAGAUUAACACAUUAUGAUAAUAAUCUAAAUCAUAUUUACAAUAACGAAUUAUACUCAACAUGUUUCUAUGAUAAUAAUAAUAAUCAUAAUCAACAUGAUCAUUUACAUAAAUCUGAAUAUAAUUUACCACAAAUUACUUAUCAUAAUAAUGAACAAUAUGAAAUAGAUUUACAAAAAUUGCCUAAAACUAAUUAUGAUAAUUAUUUUAUCAAUCAUGAAAGAAAUAAUACUAAUCAUAUUGAUCGAAUUAUUGAUUAUUUUCCAAUAAUCAAUACUGAUACAAAUUAUUUAGUUAAUUAUUAUGAUUCAUAUGAAUUAUGGCCAACUGGACAUUGUAGACGUGUUUAUGCUCAAACAUGUGAACGUGCACGUCGACAUCAAAGUGGUUGGGCUAUGCGUAAUACAAAUAAUCAUAAUCCUCAAGUAUUAAAAAAAUCAUGUCUUGGUGUAUUAGAAUGUUCAAUGAAUUGUAUGGUACAAGGUAAACCAUUAAGUCUACGUCCAGCUAUAUGUGAUAAAGCAAGAAAGAAACAAUGUAAUCGUGAAUGUAUUACACCUGGUUGUAAAGGUCGUUUAAUUCUACGUAAUUGUCGUGGUCAUAGUGGUUAUCCUGUGACACAUUUUUGGCGUUUUGCUAAUGGUGCCGUUUAUUUUGAAGCAAAAGGUGAACAUGAUCAUAAUCGUCCAUCAUUGAAAACAUUCGGUUUAACUGAAUCUGAUACAGUUACCACUAAUACUACCACAAACACAAUAAAUUCUCAUGUUACAACAACAAGUACUCCUACUAUUGUGGAUAAACUAGUUACAGGAAUAACAACACUAAUAUCACCGGAUAUUGAUAGAAAUUUGAAUCAUAUUACUAAUAAUAACAACAAUAUUCAAUAUAUUCAUAGUCAAAAUCUUCAUCUCCAUGAUCAGGUGCCACAACAACAACAACCACAACCACAACAGGGAUGUCACGACUAUCGAUUCCUUCCACAAUAUGAACAAUCAAUAAUCGAUCAACAGAAUUUCACAUUAUCAAAUGAAUUUUGUAAUUAUUAUAAUUAUCAAUCAUCAAAUCAUUCACAAUUAGAUAAUUCUCAUUUAUUAUCAUUAAAUAAAACAAAACAUGUAGGUAAACGUGUUACAAAUAGAAAAGUAAUACGUCGUGAAAAAAAGUUAACAAAUACACAUUUAAAAAAACAACAGAAAUGUGAAAAUUAUUAUAAAAAAUUAUCGAAUGAAUCUAAUUGUACACUUGGUGAUAUAAAAAGAAAUCGAAAAAUUCAACAGAAUACAAGAUCAGAUCAAAUUAACAAAUUUAAAAUUCCUAAUAAAACUAAUGAAAAUGAUAACGAUCAAAUUUUCUGUGAUGAUCCAUCUCAUGGUGAUACAGUUCAUAAUUGUUACGCAAUAAAUAUCACUAAUAAUAAUUCAUGGAAUAAUGAAACAAUAAAUCAAAUUGAUUCAAGCUUGAAUCAAUCAAUUGAAAAAGAACAGUACAAUACCACUGAGAUGAAUACAAUGAAUCAUUCUUAUUAUUCUGAUCCACUUUUUACAACAACAACAACAUUAUCAUCAUCAUCAUCAUCUCCAUCAUCAGUAACCAUAACAACAGUGAAUCAACAUCAUUCAUCAUUACCAUUUUGGAAUUGUAUACAAGAUUUAGAUAGUUAUUUAUCAACUAAUCAUAAUUCAAGUAAUUAUAUAACAAAUACUAUGAUCUCUACCAUGUAUUCAUCACCUAAUUGGUCAUUAUCACCAUCUGUAUUAUCAAGUUCCUCUUUGUCAUCUUCAUCUACUUAUUCCACUUGUACUACUUGUGCAUUAUCAUUAUCAUCAUUAUCGUUAUGUUCUACAAAUGUAUCUACAUCAUUAAGUAAACAAAUCCUUCCGGAUUCUACCGAAGUUAUUCAAUGUAAUCCUUUAACAGAGUCGUAUCAUCAGAUCACAUCUACUCCAAAUAUAAAUUGUAAUGAAUCAUAUUUUAUACAAUACAAUAAUUGUUCAUAUUUCGACAAAUCUAAACAUGUAUCAUCAUCAUCAUCAUAUAAUGAAUAUCCUCAAAGUGUAUUUAUCAAUUCAAUGUACCGUGAACAUGAAGAGAGUAAUCCAGUACAGUUUAAUGAUAAUGAUAUAAAUGAAGAAAUUUAUCAUUCUACACCACAACAACCAAUCUAUAUAGAUGAUUAUCAUUAUCAUUAUUAUUAUUACUAUUAUUAUUCUAAUCCAUGUUUAUCAAUGUCAGAUCAAAUAGUUUUAAAUGAUCCUAUCACUACUAGUAGUACGAUUACUAAUAGUAGUAUCGGUAGUGUCAAUAACGAUAUUAAUACUAUUUAUUCUACAAAGUCUGUCAAUAAUUAUUCUAUGGAAAGUCUCAAUUCAAAUCAUCGACAACAUUAUCAACAACAAGAACAACAACAGCAACCGACUGUUCAAUGGUCAAUGAAUGAUAUGAAUGAUCACCGGACAGAAGAGAGAUUGAAUGAAAGUAUGGAAUUUAUGAAUCAAGAUGAAUACGAUAUUGAGAAAUCAUUCAAUUAUUAUCAUUUCAUGUUAAAUUCAAAUAUGCAUCAACCAAUUAAUAUGAAUUUUUCUAAUGAAUCAGAUAAAUAUGGAAUAGUGCAAGGAAUUAACGAUGUACAUGAAAAUGUUAAUGAAAACAGUUUACAUGAAGAAGAAGAAGAAGAUGAUGAUGAUGAUGACGAAGAAGAAGGAGAGGAACAAGUGGAAGAUGCUCACUACAAUCAUUCACAUCCUCGGCCUCCUCCUCCUCCUCCUCAUCAUCAUCAUAAUCAUCAACACCAACAACAAAAUGACGAAUUCACUUUUAAUCAAAAUCUAUCGGAAGAAACAACCAACUGGUCCAAUCCGUAUUUACACAAUUCUUCAUUCUUACCAUCAUCAUCAUCGUCAUCAAAGGAACAAAUCAGUCAGUUUGAACAAGAUCUAACGAUAGACAAUGCUAAACAUCAUAAUUUCGAAGAAUGUUUACCUAGGACUAGUAAUAGUCCUAUUACUAUUACUACCACUACUACUACUACUAACAGUAAUACUACUUGUAGUAAUAAUAAUAAUGAUAAUGUUAGUACUACUGAUAAUGGUAAUGAUUAUGAUCAUAGUUUCCCCUGUGAAAUUCAUAACUACGAUAAUUCAUUUAAUUAUUUCAUUGUAAAUGAUGAACCGGUAACUAUAGCAACAACUGAUCAUUUAUUGAUUAGUCAUUCACAUUUUUGAACCAUUUUAAUUAUUAUUAUUAUUCUGAUCAACUUUAUUUGAAUCCGGUACAUUUUCAU